GUCUCAAUGGAUACGUGGAACUUCUUCUAUACUUGCACGGUGUCCUUAUGGCUGCACAGAUUUUACAUCUAUUCUGCUGUUGCUCUUGGGAUUGGCAUUUGGAUUGUUACUCAGUUCACCACCACCAAAACCAGAAAGAAGGUUGAAAAAUCCAAUAGGAAUCCAGCUUCUGAAGGAAUAGAAGACAAACUAGUAAAUGGAUAUGCCACCCUGCAGGCAAAGGAGGUCUAUGUUGCUGGGGUAAAGAUUUUCUAUGGGUCUCAGACUGGCACAGCAAAGAGAUUUGCCAAAGAUCUGGCUGAGGCAGUUUUUUCCCUUAAUUUGCCCGUGGAAGUCAUUAGCAUGGGAGACUAUGAUCCAGAUGAUUGUUUAGCAGAGGAGACAACCAGCAGGAACAUUUGUGUGUUCUUGGUAGCUACAUACACAGAUGGACAGCCAACUGAGAGUGCAGCGUGGUUCUGCAAGUGGUUAGAAGAGGCUGCGAAUGACUUCCGCUUUGGCAAAAUGUAUCUGAAAGGCCUGAGAUAUGCUGUGUUUGGCUUGGGAAACUCAGUUUACGUUGAUCAUUACAACACAGUUGGAAGAAAUAUUGACAGAUGGCUGUGGAUGCUCAGUGCCAGCCGUGUCAUGACUCGUGCUGAGGGGGACUGCAACGUGGCCCAGAGCAAGCAUGGCAGCAUUGAGGCUGACUUUGAAGCCUGGAAAGCCAAGUUCCUCAGUCGGCUCCAGGCACUCUGCAGAGGGGAAAAGAAGCCCUGCAGUGGGAAUUGCAAGAAAGGGAAGUGCAGAUCUCUGGGGAAGCAGAGCAAAGAGAGCUCAGAUCAUGAACACAGGGCAUCAGAAUACAACAAUACUGAGGCAGAGGAGUUGUUUGAAACCAGUAGUGAGGAGGAGGCUGAUGCUGAGGAAGCUGGAGGCACAAAUUCUGUUCUUGAUGUUGAAGAUCUUGGCAAUAUCAUGAGCCACAUGAAGAAAGCAAAGAGAGAACAUGAGCUCGAGGAAGGAGAUGUUGGAACGAGCUUGACUCGAGAGAAUGCUGGGAGGAAGGAGGGUGAAAAGAGAGAGAUGAUUACCCCGGCUCUGAGAGAAGCACUCACAAAACAAG